AUGGCGGAUCAAUCUCUUCACUCACCGAUCAACCCACAUUUCUUCAAGCCUCUUCUUCCAGGCUUCCACAGUCACCUCAACAUCCCUGUAGCUUUCUUCUCGAAGCACGUCCAAGGAAGAAACGACCACAUCAAGACUGCAAAACUGAGAUCAGAUGCGUCCGAUAAAACCUGGACAGUGAAGAUGGACGGCUUGAAACUCACUGAUGGCUGGGAAGAUUUCGCAGUCGCGCAUGAUCUCCGAAUUGGUGACAUCAUCGUUUUCAGACAUGAAGGAGAAAUGUUGUUUCAUGUCACAGCUUUCGGACCAAGUUGCUGCGAGAUUCAAUAUACUUCAUCAUCAUCAUCAUCUCACAACAUCAAUGAUGAUAGUCGUGAUCAGACCAACAACAUUGGAAACAAUUCAAGAAAGAAGAGGAAGAGAGUGAAGAAAAGUCCAAGAAACAGAGUAGAGACUUCAUCUGACCAUUCUCAUUUUCUGGCAAAUGUCACAGCUUCGAGCCUACGUUUUGAUCAACUGUAUAUACCACGGGGUUUUGCGAGCACAAACGGUCUGCAAGAAAUGAGCGGUGAGAAAAUCGUUGUUCUUAACGAAGAAGGAAGAGCAUGGAAUGCAAAUCUGAUUUACAACCAAGCAGGCAUGCAUACUUUAGUCAGGCCUGGUUGGAGAAGAUUCUGCGCUGAAAAUGGGAUGAGCCAAGGUCACCAGUAUACAUUCAAACUGGUUCGAAAAUCUGAACCACCUGUCAUCCGUUUGUGCCAUGCAGAAUCUUCACUGCACCAUUCUUGUUACGAGGGAUCUGUCAGUGCUUAUAGCCUGAAAACUAAUAAAUUGUAUCUUCCAAGGAACUUUGUGACUGAGAAUGGUCUGGACAAAGGAUGCCGUGAGAUAGUUUUAACGGAUGAACGGGGAAGAAGAUGGAGUUUAGCCUUGAAACACUACGAAUCACGCAACCAGAUUUAUAUCGGACCAGGCUGGGAAACUUUUUGCCAAGGGAACGGGAUCAAAGCUGGAGAUUCCUUCAAGUUGGAACUGGUCGGAACCGGGGAAAAGCCUGUUCUUUCUUUGUGCUCUUCCAACGGUGACAAAACGCCAUUAGGCUCCUUGAAUACUAGCAGCGGAGAUGAUAGUAGAAAAUCCCAAAAAAGUGAGAAGGAGAGUCUCGGAGAGAAAAGCAUCUCACAGGAAUGCUUGUUGAUGGAGGAGGAGGAGAAGAAGAAGACUUUCUCGAGAUGCAGAGCUUCAUCUUCAUAUAGUCAAGACCAAUUUGUGAGGAUAACUCUUACACGACGCGCUGUUAAAAACUAUAAACUGAUGCUUCCGGUGGAUUACACUCGGGGGAAUGGCAUCAACAAGCCAGGUAAGAUAACUUUGUUGAGUAAAGAUGGAGUAAGACAGGUGGUGGAUCUUUUGCAGAACAAAAGAACAGGAGUAAUGCGAAUUGGAAAAGGCUGGAGAGAGUUCUGUGACGCUCAUGGCGUAAAGAUAGGAGUGCCUUUUGUGUUGGAACUCAUUCGGGAGGAAGAAGCAAGUCCCGUGCUUAAGUUCUGCACCAAAGUAGACUCUGUUUGA